AGUUCCCGCACUGGUCGGAGAUUCCGCUUCCACGCCGGCUGUAAGCAUUUCAAGACUUUUGGGUCCUCUUGGAGUUCCACAGGUGAGUCAUUACGCAACAUGUGCGUGUCUCAGUGACAAGCGGCAGCAUCCUACUUUCUUCAGGACCAUCCCCAGUGAUCACCAUCAAGCGGCAGCACUGGCACGGAUGGUCAAGCACUUCGGAUGGACGUGGAUCGGAGCUGUGCGCAGUGAUUCAGACUACGGGAACAAUGGCAUGGCAUCAUUCCUGAAAGCUGCGGAGCGGGAGGGAAUCUGCGUGGAGUAUUCUGAGGCCUACUACAGGACCCAGCCACGCAGUAAAUUGAAAAGAGUGGCUGAUGUUAUUCGCAAAUCAUCGGCUCGCGUAAUAGUUGCCUUCAUGGCGGUAGGUGAUAUAAAAUUUCUCUUAGAAGAGCUGAGCCAGCAGCCUCCUCCCCCGAUGCAGUGGAUCGGCAGCGAGGCGUGGGUUACAGACCCCCAAAUGAUGCGGUUUAAUUUUUGUAUUGGUGCUGUAGGUUUCGCAAUUCCGCGGUCUGUUAUCCCUGGUUUUCGUAAUUUUCUACUUGACCUGUCUCCAGAACAAGCGCUUAAAUUCCCCCUGCUGACAGAAUUAUGGGAAAGUUCAUUCAGCUGUAGUCUAAAACGGCAGACAGGUUCUUCCACUGGAAUGCCAGCGUGUUAUGGCACGGAGGACCUGCGCGCUAUACAGAACCCGUACACAGACACGUCCCAGUUGAGGAUCAGUAACAUGGUGUACAAAGCCACAUAUGCUAUAGCGCAUGCCCUCCAUAGCAUCAUCUGCAACGAAAAACAAUGUGACAAAAACAUCAAAGUUGAGCACCGACGUGUUUUUGAUCAACUCAAGCGAGUGAAUUUUACUAAAAAUAAUUAUCCCGUUUCAUUCGACACCAAUGGAGACCCUGUGGCCAGAUAUGAACUUGUGAACUGGCAACUUAAAGGAGAUGGUUCUGUCGAUUUUGUGACAGUGGGUCAAUAUGAUGCAUCCAAGCCUAAAGGCCAAGAAUUCAGUCUGAACAGAGCUAUCAUUUGGUAUGAUAGCAGUGAAAAGGUGCCUGUGUCUGUGUGCAGUGAUAGCUGUCUUCCAGGUACGAGGAAGGCGGUGAAAAAUGGAAGACCUGUCUGCUGUUAUGACUGCAUUAACUGUGCAGACGGAGAGAUCAGCAAUGAGACAGGAUUUACAUCAGCUCCAGUCUGGAUCCAGAACACCUAAGAGAUGAUGCCAACCCCUCAGAGGACCUCAGAUGAUGCUUACCCUGAAACAACAUACAGAACUACCAAUUAUUACUACAGGGCGGACAUCAGGCUUUGCAGCAAUCACCUGAUAGAUAGGCCUACAUGUAUAGUUAAUUCAUUCAAAAGUCAAAUACAGAAUAAAUACAUUUGAUUGGUAAGCCAAAUUAAAAAGUGACGUUUCAAUCUCUAAUGAUAAUAUAUGGAAUUUACGGCAAAGCUCCAAUAAAUAAUACAACAGCGCCAUCGUCCACACAGAUUUUAGGUUUGAUUAUUAACUUGAUGGAUGUAUUUUAUUUUAAGGUUAUUAUUUAUUUGUAUUUUGACAUA